AUGUUCGAUUGGGAUGAAGUGCCGGACGACAUUGCGGACUAUGUCGCUGUGGAGCAGCCCGACUCCGACAGGGAGGAGCCCGCCACGCCUGUGAGAGAGAGCGGUGGGGGCGGUGGCCCUGGCUGUCUGGAGCUGGGCGGCGUCUUUCUGGAGAGAAAACUCGCUGAGUCCUCGGCCCUCUCAGCCCUGGUGCCGUCAAUCCCCGAAGGGGCACCGGAGCCGACGCAAGCAGAGCUGGAGACUUUGCGAUGGAUGAUGCAGAAGGCCACCAUGAAUCAGGACAUGUUCUUGCUUGGCCCACCCGGGCCGCGUGUUCGGCACCUGGUGCAUCACUUCUGUGCCCUUCUCGGCCGUGAGGUGGAGUACGUCGGCAUCAACAGCGACACAAGCGAGGCAGACCUAAAGCAGCGGCGUGAGAUUUGUGAUGGCCAUGUUGUCUAUGUGGAUCAGCCGCCUGUGCGAGCUGCGCUCCACGGUCGCAUUCUGGUGCUGGAGGGCAUAGAGAAAGCCGAGCGCAAUGUCCUGCCCUUGUUGAACAACCUCCUGGAAAAUCGAGAGAUGCAGCUCGAGGAUGGGCGGUUUCUCAGCCGAUUGGCAACAGGCGAAUGCAGAGGGCAUGGCACCGAUGGCACUGUCAAGGACUGUGAGAUGGUUCGCGUUAGCCCAGACUUCCUGGUCAUCGCCAUAGGCAUGCCAUGCCGCGGGAAUCCGUUGGAUCCACCACUGCGAUCUCGCUUCGCCAGCCACAACAUCCAUCGACGGAGGGCUGCAGAGGCUGUGCAGGAUGCCUCAAGGCAUGUUCCUGGGGUGACGGAUGCCAUUGUCAAGAAAGUCAAAGAUGUGCUGGAGGAGGUCGAAAUCAAUGCCAUCAAUUUGAAAAACAAGGGUUCGCCGAUCCCAAUGACGAUGCCUGACAGCGCAGCCUCAAGCAUGCUGCGUCCGCAACCUCGGGCUGUGCCUUCGCGGUCCCAUGUCGGACUCGUGCAUUACGGAAGAAACGGGUGCAGCCUGGUGAAGCAUUGCGGCUCGCGAGGUUGUCAUCGGAUGUCAUCGGUGAUUCAGUUGCGUGAGCGCAUUCGGAGGGCAGCUAAUGUGUCCGUCAAGGGUUUGCGCAGGAAUCGUUGA